CCAAAAUGUCUCAACAAAGCGCUCCUCCGACCGUGGCAGAUGCCUUCCUGGAGGCUCUAGCCGAGGCCGGCGUCGACUACCUCUUCACCGUCCUAGGCUCCGACCAUCCCAGCAUCAUCGAGGCCUAUGUGCGUCGCCAGAAUGACCCCGCUCGCCAGUCCCCCAAGAUGAUCCUGUUCCAGCACGAGUUCGUCGCCAUGUCCGCCGCCGAUGGCUAUGCCCGCAUCAGCCAUAAACCGGCCUGUGUGUUGGCCCACGUGGACGUGGGGACUGCCGCGCUCGGUCAGGGUCUGCACAAUGCUUCCAGUGGACGUGCCCCUGUCAUCAUCUUCGCCGGUGUCGCUCCAUCGACAUUGCAUGGUGAAGCCCCAGGCUCACGCUCCGAACACGUCCAAUGGUAUCAGGAUAUCCGCGAUCAGGCCGCCAUCGUAGCCCCCUACAGCCGGUUCAGCGCCGAGAUCAAAUCCCCUCACAACGUCAGCAGCCUGGUCCAUCGCGCCGUCCUCAUGGCCACCACUGGCUCCCCAGGUCCAGUGUACCUCACAGCCACUCGUGAGAUCCUCGCCACCCCGGUGCCCUCCCUUCAACCCCGUCCCAAGCCCAUCCCAUCCUGUCUCCUGGGAUCCCUCCCCCACGAGGCCGUCGAACUCAUCGGAAACGCGCUACUCGACGCAAAAUCCCCUCUCGUCGUAACGGGCUAUCUAGGACGGAACCACCGCGCGGUCCAAGAACUGAUCAAACUCGCCGACACCAUCCACGGUCUGCGCGUCUUUGACUCCGAGCUCCGCGAGGUCUGCUUCCCAGCCACCCACCCAGCAUGCGUGACACGAGGAACGGGCGCCGCUCCCGCCGUGCAAUCUGCUGACGUGAUCCUCGUGUUGGAUGCCGACGUCCCUUGGAUUCCCCGCCGCGUGCACCCCUCCCCGGACGCAGAGAUCUACCAUAUCGAUCUGGAUCCGCGCAAGGAGCGCAUGAACAUGUUCGAUAUCGGUGCUGCGGCCACCUUCCACGCGGAUACCAGCGCCGCACUAUCCCAGCUAAACGCACAUAUCGCCGCCUCGCCCCGUCUGUCCGAUCUCCAAACCACCUGGACCUCGCGCGCUGAGUCCCUCCGCACUGCCCACGCCGAAGGCAGAGCCCGGAUCGAUGCCCGUGCGACCAAACUCCUCGAGACCCCUGACGCGCCCUGUACCGUCGACUUCCUCUGUAGUCGCAUCCGCGCCCUCGUGCCCGAUGAUACCAUCUACGUCACCGACUCUGUCACCAACCAAGUCGCCAUGACCGAGCAGCUCCAACUCACUCGUCCGGGUUCCCAUCUGACCAAAGGUGGCAGCGGCCUCGGCUGGGCUGGCGGUGCCUCUAUCGGCGUGAAACUCGCCAGCGCACGCUACAACCUCUCCGAUCGUCCAUCCGUACACCCCAAAUCAUCCAACGACAGCCCCUUCAUCUGCAGCAUUACCGGUGACGGCAGCUUCGUUUUCUCCGUCCCGACAGCAGUGUAUUGGGCUGGUCAUCGCUACGGCUGUCCGUAUCUCACGGUGAUUCUGAACAACGGGGGCUGGAAUGCCACGCGGCAGUGUCUGGCGGAUGUGCAUCCGACGGGGGUGGCGGCGGGGUUGUCGAAUGCGGAUCUGGGGAUUUCGUUGGUACAGGAUGGGCCGGAUUAUGGGCUGGUGGCCAAGGCAGCGGCGAAUGGGAAUUUGUGGACGAAGAGGGUGGGUUGUGUGAGGGAGUUGGAUGGGGCGAUUCGCGAGGGUGUGAGGGUUGUGAGUGAGGAGGGGAUGUCGGUUGUUUUGGAUGUUAUUAUUGCGUAGAUUUUCAGCCUGGUUUCGGGAAUGAACUUGUGAUGUAGGUAGUAGUACCUUAUGAAGAUUGGAUGAGUCAAUAGUAGUACUAGU